UCACAACAAAGAUUAAAUAUGACCUUGAUGUGGAUUGGUAUUGGUAAUGAAAAUUAAAUUUGAUAAGCAGCAUUAUGUACAUAGAUAAGAACUGUCUCUAUAAAUCGUAGUUUAUUUUAAUCAUUUGAUAAUAGAAUAAGUAUUUCACUGUUAUAACGUUAACUUCUUGAAAAAUGGCCGAGGAAACAACUCCAAAAAUUUUAUCAAUUCAAAGUCAUGUUGUACAUGGAUAUGUUGGAAACAGAAGCGCUGUAUUUCCAUUGCAGCUACUGGGCUUUGAAGUAGAUUUCAUCAAUUCAGUCCAGCUCUGUACACAUACUCAGUAUAAGAAAGUAACGGGCCAAAUUUUGAAAGAACAAGACUUGACUGAUUUAUUCGAAGGUCUGAAAGAAAAUGGACUAGAUAAAUAUGACUAUUUACUAACUGGUUAUGUUGGUUCUCCUUCGUUUCUAAAAGAAAUUUUGGAGGUUUAUAAGCAUUUGAAAUCAGCCAAUCCAGGUAUUGUGUUUGUUUGUGACCCGGUAAUGGGAGAUAAUGGCCAACUCUAUGUACCAGAGGAACUAGUGCCUUUAUAUCAGGAAUGUAUAGUACCUCACGCUCAUAUUCUAACUCCAAACCAAUAUGAAUUAGAAUUACUGACUGGAUUCAAGAUUAGUAAUGUAGAUGAUUGCUGGAAAGCUAUUGAGAAUUUGCAUAUGAAAGGAUGCAAAACAGUAGUGGUUUCUUCUUCAGAUUUAGGAAAAAAUGGAGAAUUAUUGGCCUUAGCCAGUACUCUAAACGGUGAAUCUUGCCAAAGAGUAUCCAUCACAUUAAAAAAAAAACAGGCAAUAUUUGUUGGUACAGGGGAUGUCUUUGCCUCUUUGAUGUUGGCUUGGAUGCACAAAACUAACAAUGAUUUAAAAGUCGCAUUAGAGAGAACAAUAGCUACCUUACAGGCUAUUUUAGACAGAACAUUGGAAUGUGCAAAAGGAAAACCUCAUACUCCAGAGAAUUUAGAACUAAAACUCAUACAAAGCAAGAGGGAUAUAGAAAAACCUCAAGUUAUACUUUCUGCUAACUGUAGUACCAGACAAUAAAUUUGAUGACUAUUAUUCCAAUGUCAGAAAUAAUAUUCUAAACAGUCUUCCAGAGUAUGGUCCAAUAUUAGAUUUUUUGUGGGCAUAAUGCUGCAUUUUAUAUCUGUUGUAAUUUGUUGUGGUAUAUAUUUUAUUAAGUAUUAUAUAGUAAUAAAUGUCGCUUAUAAUAUUGGA